AUGCGGCUUGCGCUUUUCACCAUCACUAGCGCCCUAGUUGGAGACGCAUGGGGAUGCACCUUCUUCAACGUUGCAGGUGCUUGUACCUGGCAUGGAGUCGGCCCUACCUGCGGUGUUGUCGACGAUGACAUUCGCAACCACACAGAGGUCGCCCUCCAUGAUCACCAUCCAAAAAUGGGAUACUUGAUGUGGUGGUCUGUAGGAGACAACGUCUGCAAACGUCUGUGUAAUCUUGAAAGGGCUGCGUUCCCUUACAUGGGAAGCUGUUGUCCAGAAUUUGGCAGUGGCUGCGUUACUGGGUACAAGCGUUUGUGGUGCCAGACGUGGCCUGGAGCUCCUCCUACACCUUCGCCUUCUCCUCCAUCUUUGCCAAGAUGUCACAACACGGGCGAUCAGGACCAACAACCUUGGAACCAGACCGAGACCGAUGAUCCACAGUCUGAACUUGACUGA